GCCACGCAACCUGAGCUCACCUCGCGGGAAAUUUAGAAAAACAACUUCCAAAGGACAAUGGUGUCUGAUAUUUAUUAUUUUUUAUAGCAGGCAAGGGAACUCUGAUUCAAGUGCCUAGAAUGGGUAUACAAGGAUUACUGCCAUUGAUGAAGGAUGCCACAGAGCCAGCUAAUAUCAGCAAGUAUGCUGGUUACACCGUUGCUGUCGAUACAUAUUGUUGGUUACAUAAAGGAGCAUUUGCAUGUGCAAUGCAGUUGGCUAAGGGAGAAAAAACAGAUCAAUAUGUGAGAUAUGUUCUCAAGUUUGUAAAUAUGUUGUUAUCCAUGAACGUGAAACCAAUCCUUGUGUUUGAUGGAUGUAAUCUACCGUCAAAAGAAUCAGUGGAAAAGUCAAGAAGAGAGCGCCGUCAAACAUAUCUUGCCAAAGGUAAACAGUUUCUGAGGGAAGGCAAAGUUAGUGAAGCCAGAGACUGCUUUACUAAAUGUGUGAAUGUUACAUCUAAGAUGGCUUUGGAUGUUAUGCAGGCUGCAAGAAGUCUUGGAGUUGACUGUAUUGUUGCACCUUACGAGGCAGAUGCACAAUUAGCAUAUUUGAAUAGAGUUGGAAUUGCCCAAUGUGUAAUCACAGAAGAUUCCGAUUUAGUUGCAUUUGGUUGUGAUAAGGUUAUGGUUAAAAUGGAUCUGAACGGUAAUGGUUUAGAAAUUGACAAGUCUAAGCUGAACAAAAUCAUGAAGAUGGGCAGUAAAUACAGCUUUGAUAAAUUCCGCUAUAUGUGUAUUGCAUCUGGCUGUGAUUAUUUAGCAUCAUUACCCAACAUUGGACUGAAGAAAGCUUGCAAGAUUUUCCAGUUAGCUACCAAUCCUGACCUCACACAUGUUUUGAAAAGAUUUGGUCACUAUUUAAAGAGUAAUAUAGUGGUUCCCCCAGAAUAUAUCCAAGGAUUCAUCCAAGCUAACAAUACAUUUCUACAUCAAAUAGUGUUUGAUCCUAUCAAGAGAAAAUCACUUCCUCUAACCCCAUAUCCUGAUGAUAUUGACCCAAAGGAGAUGCAGUACGCUGGAAAAUUUGUAGAUGACAACAAGGCAUUGCAGUUAGCAUUGGGAAAUAUAAAUAUCCAAUCUAUGCAAAUACAAGAUGAUUAUAAACCUGACUUUCAUAAGCCCAUUAAGAAGAAUACACCUCGUUAUCUGUUGAGUAUUUGGCAUAAAGACUAUCGACCGCUAUCAAAUGGAAACUCAAGUGAAAUAAAACAUAACAAGGAAAGACUGUCUACAGUCGGUAAAGACAUCACCACGAAAACACCAAUCUGGAAACAAACUAAGACUAUUAAAAUAAAGAAGUUACCAUUUCAAACAGAUAACACUUUGGAUGAACCUGAUAAUUAUAUGGAAGAGUUGAAAUCGCAAUAUUCAGGGACACCUAUAGAGUCAAAACCACAAAUUAAAGUGUCUAAUGUACCAGUAAUUCCAGUAUCCAAACCACCACCAUCUCCGACUAAGAACGGUAAGAUACGAAAUAAAUUUGCUGUAUUCAAUAGAAGAAUGUCAUCUGAGAGAAGAGAGAACCUACUAAGAAGCAGUAAUACUGAAAUGAGCAGGUUUUUUGUGAAUAAUCUGUGUACAAAGUCACCUGAAGCAACUGUAAUAGAAAAAAAAGAGAAAACUUUUCUCAAUGCCUUGGUGGAUAAUGAAAAAGACUCAACACUUCAAAGUGAUGUGACUAUGGGGGAAGAUGAAGAAGAAAUGGAAGCUGAAACGUCAAGUUGUUGUGUCACAAAUGAAGAUGACCAAGCUGUGAACUCUUCAUUGAACAAAUUUAUAUUUACAAAAGGGGAAAAUAAUUUAAAGCAUCAUGAAACACAAGUUGGUGUCAUUAAUAAUUAUGUUACUAACAAUAUUGUAAAACAUAACAAACUUGCAGAUGAUGAAGAGGAUGUUGCCAUGACUACAAAUACUUAUUUAGCGAAUGAUGAAAAAGCAAAGAAGAACGAUGAAGAAAAAUUAUCCACGUCUAAGAGCUUACUUUCUAGGCUUAGCUCUUUUAAGUGGAACAAAGGAGAAAAGAAAUCGGGGUAUUUUUCAAAAAUGCCUUUUAAAAAUUCAAGAGAAGCGGAUGGACAGUUUAAACAAGUCAAGAGAGCUUCACAAGAAUAUAAUGCUGAUGAUGACUUAAUAUGUUUGCCACAACUAAUUGUACCUGAUGCAGACUUGCAUGUAACACACUUACAAAAUGACAGUGGUAUUAAUAUGUCAGGAAGUAUAAACAGUACUGAAGAUAGCGAAGAAGAGAAGCUCUCAUUGAACUGCAGUCUCAGAUCUGGUGAAUCACUUGGAGGGGAAAAGUAUUCUGAUAUUAUCAAUUUAGAUGUUGAAGAAUUGAUGUGUAGUCAGGGUAGCCUUCCAUCAUCACAGAGCAGUUUUUCAGGGAUGGGAUACCAUUCUAAGGAGUCUGUUAUCCCUUCAUCGUCCACUCCAGGCCCUAGUAAAACUGUUCCUAUACUAAGAACUCUGGAAGUGUCAGAAAUAUCCUUUUCUGAAUCUGAAAAGAGUGUUGUGUCUUGGAUUGACCUGAUGAAUCAAACUGCUAAACAGAGCUGUAAAGAUUCAAGAAGUACUGCAGAACUGGAAACCUGUCAGCAACAUAUUUUGAUGUAUGCUGCCAAAAGAUUUGCCUAUUCACCACCAGUUUACAGAGCAAGAACACUUCUAGCAGAACUAGACCAUAACAUUCAUGCAGAUAGAAAACUUCAAAGGACACAAACUGGUGAACAGAGGUGA